AUGGCGCUUCGACAGUAUCCUGCCCCGGUCGACUACGAGAAGCAUCAGACUGCUUUCGAGUUGUUCCUCUCCGAAUUCAAGACCACAGCCGACCAAUCGAUCGCGCAAGCCUUUGGAAACAUUUCCAUUGAAGAAGAUGAUCUCAGCGACGACUAUGACUUUUUAGACGAGGAUGAAGAGACACAGCAGCGUCGCCGGCAGGAGCGCCGCGAGCGCGCCGAGAGGCGCAAGGGCCCCCAUCAGAAGUACAAGGAGCUCCUUCAAGAUCUAGCCGACAGGAAGAUCCAGGAGGUCAGAGUUGACCUGGAUGACCUCGAAGCCUUCGAAAACUCGCUUGACGAAAACCUGAAACUUGUGGAGUCUGUCGAGGUCAAUACCAAGCAUUACACGGAAGUCAUGUCCCGCGCCAUUGACAAGCUUCUCCCUACUCCCAGUGUUGAGAUCAAUUUCAAGGAUGACGUCCUCGACGUCCUCAUGGCCCGCCGCCGCGACCGUAACCGACGCGAUGCUGGAAAGAAAGCGCUCGCUGUCCGUCACGUGCGUGGCGAGCAUCUCGGCCACCUCAUCACGAUUCGCGCCAUUGCCACCCGCGUGUCCGAUGUCAAACCGGUCGUACAGGUCAGCGCCUACACUUGCGACCGCUGCGGUUGCGAAAUUUUCCAGCCUGUCAGCGAGAGAUCCUAUGGUCCUCUCACUGUCUGUCCCUCGGAGGACUGCCGCAAGAACCAGGCCAAGGGUCAGCUCAACCCGUCCUCGAGGGCUAGCAAGUUCCAGCCUUUCCAAGAGGUCAAGGUCCAGGAGCUCGCCGAACAAGUUCCUAUCGGCCAGAUCCCCAGGAGUCUGACUGUACUUUGCUACGGCACUGCCGUGCGCCAAGUGAACCCUGGUGACGUGGUUGAUAUCACCGGCAUCUUCCUACCCACUCCCUACACCGGCUUCCAGGCAAUGAAGGCCGGUCUCCUGACUGAUACCUAUCUCGAGGCUCACUACAUUGUCCAGCAUAAGAAGGCCUACUCCGAGAUGGCUAUUGAUCCCUCGCUCGUUCGUCGUAUUGAGCAGUAUCGUCAAAGCGGACAGGUCUACGAGCUUCUCGCCAAGUCUAUCGCGCCAGAGAUCUUUGGUCACCUUGAUGUCAAGAAGGCGCUCCUGCUCCUCCUGAUUGGCGGUGUUACCAAAGAAAUGGGUGACGGCAUGAAGAUUCGUGGUGACAUUAACAUUUGCUUGAUGGGUGACCCCGGUGUGGCUAAAUCGCAGCUGCUCAAGUACAUCUCCAAAGUCGCCCCUCGUGGUGUCUACACCUCUGGCCGUGGUUCCAGCGGUGUCGGUCUCACGGCUGCCGUUAUGCGUGACCCUGUGACAGACGAAAUGGUGCUCGAGGGUGGUGCGCUCGUCCUUGCCGACAACGGUCUCUGCUGCAUCGAUGAAUUCGACAAGAUGGACGAGAAUGACAGGACCGCUAUCCACGAGGUCAUGGAACAGCAGACCAUCUCCAUCUCCAAGGCCGGAAUUUCCACCACACUCAACGCUCGCACUUCGAUUCUUGCCGCGGCUAACCCUCUCUACGGGCGCUACAACCCUCGCAUCUCGCCCGUGGAGAACAUUAACCUGCCCGCGGCGCUGCUCUCCCGUUUCGAUGUCAUGUUCCUGCUCCUCGACACUCCCACGCGCGAGACCGAUGCCCAGCUGGCCAAGCACGUCGCCUAUGUACACAUGCACUCGCGCCACCCCGAUGUUGGAGCCGAUGCCGUCGUCUUCACUCCGCACGAGGUGCGUAGCUACGUUGCGCAGGCCCGCACGUUCCGCCCUGUCGUUCCCACGCGCGUCAUUUACGCACACGACCCCCGUACCCUGCUUGGUGUCGUGCGUCUGAGCCAGGCCCUCGCGCGUCUCCGCUUCAGCAACGAAGUGAUCCAGGACGACGUCGACGAGGCCCUUCGCCUCCUUGAGGCUUCGAAGCAGAGCCUCAGCACUGAGGACCCCAAGCGCUCGCGCGGCCUCAACGCCAGCAGCAAGAUCUACAACAUUGUCAAGGGUCUGGCUGACUCUGGCGCCUGUCGUGCGGACGAUGCCGAGGAUGAGGAUCUCGGUAUCGAGUUGAGUAUGAGGAAGGUCAAGGAGCGAGUCAUUGCCAAGGGCUUCACCGAGGAUCAUUGGCUCAAGGCUUUAGAAGAAUACACCGAGCUCAACAUUUGGCAAACCGCUGGCAAUGGAACUCGACUCAUCUUUAUCCACGCCAACGACGACAGCUCUGACGAAGACAUGUCGGAGUAA